UGACGGCACGUUGUAUUACCCCGCCCCGACUCAGUGAAACGUAAACUGUGUUAAGAUGGCGGCGGCGCAGUUGUUCCGGAAAGAUUAACGGUCGAAAAGCACAGUGAGGCCGGCUGGUUAGUGAUUCGGUAAUCCCACCAGCGAGCCAGUCCCGAUCCAACGACAGUCGCCGGAGCCAAUCAAGGAGACGAGAGGAUGUGUUGCUGCGUUUGCACGGGUGGCUGAUAGUUCGCUGUGGGUGUUGUAAGGAUGAACCAGGAGGCUGAUGUUUCCAUAUGGGGAUGGGGAUGCCUUGGUGUCGUUCUUUUUCUAGUCACUUUUGGACCUUUUGCUAUAUUUUACUUUGCGUUUUAUAUCCUGUGCUUUGUGGGUGGGGGUUUUGCAGUGGUAUUGCUUUUUGGGAAGACAAAUUCUGAGAAACAUCUUGAAAAGUGUGAGCAGACUUUUCUUCCUGCAGCACCAACAGGAGUCCCCAAAGCUUUAGAAGAAAUGAAACGUGAAACUAGGCAAAUAAAGAUUGACCGACGUUUGACUGGUUCAAGUAUAAUUGAUGAACCUCUACAGCAGGUCAUCCAGUUUGCACUAAGGGACUAUAUACAAUACUGGUAUUAUACUCUAAGCAAUGAUGAAUCAUUUUUACUUGAAGUCAGACAAACUAUACAAAAUGCACUAGUUCAGUUUGCUACAAGGUCAAAAGAAGUAGACUGGCAACCAUACUUCACAACACGAUUAGUAGACGACUUUGCUACCCAUCUUCGUGUGUUCAGGAAAGCUCAGCAAAGGAUAGAAGACUUGAGACCAAAAAAAGAUAUCUCUGAAGAAUUUGUUGAAACAUUUUUUGAAGUUGAAGUAGAAAUGGAGAGAGAAGUGUGCCGUGACCUCAUUUGUACUUCAAGCAAAGAUGAAGAAGCAUUCUUGAGAGAUCUCUGUGAGGUUCUAUUGUAUUUGAUUCUUCCUCCUGGAGACUUCCAUAACAAGAACAUGAGAUAUUUCCUGAGGGAAAUUUUGGCAAAAGGAAUUCUUCUUCCGUUAAUUGACCAGCUUAGUGAUCCUGACUUUGUUAAUCAGUAUAUUAUAUGGAUGAUUCGUGAUGCCAAUUGUAAUUAUGAAGCUUUUCUGAAUAUUAUCAAACUAAGUGACAAAGUUGUGGAACUGGAAGCAGUGAAAGAUAAAGCUGCAGAAGAGUUGCAGUAUCUUCGAUCCUUAGAUACAGCUGGUGAUGAUAUAAGCAACAUAAAGAAUCAGAUGAACAGUUUACUUUUCGUGAAGAAAAUCUGUGAUUCGAGGAUACAGCGAUUAAACUCCGGAAAGGAUGUAGAUACACUCAAGCUUGCUGCAAACUUCGGAAAACUUUGCACAAUUCCCCUUGACAGUAUUCUUAUGAAUAAUGUUGCAUUACAAUUUUUCAUGGAUUAUAUGCAGCAAACAGGAGGUCAGGCGCAUCUUUUCUUCUGGCUCACAGUGGAAGGAUACAGAGUCACUGCACAACAGCAGCUGGUUUUGCAAAGUGAACAUAAAGAUGGUGAAAGACAGAGUAAGCAAACCAAAGGAUUGCUGCGUGCCGCAGCUGUUGGUGUGUAUGAUCAGUAUUUGUCAGAAAAGGCAUCGCCAAGAGUCCAUGUUGAUGAUAACCUGGUUGCUAAAUUGGCAGAAAAGUUGAAUUAUGAGGAUCCUACACCAGAAAUAUUUGAUGAUGUUCAAAGAAAAGUCUAUGACAUGAUGCUGAAGGAUGAGCAAUUCUACCCCUCUUUCAGGCAAAAUGCUCUUUAUGUACGGAUGUUGGCUGAAUUGGACAUGUUGAAAGAUCCUAGUAUCAGAGGAUCAGAUGAUGGAGAUUUGGAGUCUUUCAAUGGCUCUCCAAAUGGUAGUUUAAAUUCGUCACUAGAUGAUCUUUCAAAUACCAGUUCUGAAGAGUCAUUGCAACUUCAAGUAACUAUUAGUGACACUGUCCAUGCUGAUUAUGAACCAUAUCCUGUGGCAGGAGUAUGCAAUGACCAUGGCAAGACCUAUGCUCUGUAUGCAAUCACUGUUCGGAGGAGAAACCCAGAUGGAAGUGAGGAUGGUUGGAAGACUUAUCGCCGCUACAGCGAUUUCCAUGACUUUCACAUGCGGAUAACUGAGCAGAGUCAUCCUACCAAACAGUUUUUUUUCUUUCUAUUUGUAUGUUGCUGUCUGCUGCACCUGACUGAACUGAGCCACAGAGAAGUUGUAUCUGGGACUAUUAAGGACAGUAGCUUUUUCUAAGGAAAAUAAUUUUCACCUCUCCUGACAGUGGUUUGUACUUAUUGAAAACAAAAACAAUAAACUUCAGUUUCAAUGGCUGUAAUCAUGUACUUUAUCAUUUUGAAUACAAAGAAGGUUAUUUAGCAGAAAUACAUGUUUACAAUGGUAGCAUGUCUGCUUUGAAUAUUCAAUUCUGUUGGCUAGUCCAAAAGCUUUUGUUGGUGUUCAGUGAUACGCUAUUAAUGAUAUGUUAAUGAAGGAGAUGGUUACUUAAAGCCAUCCCUGAAUGCAUUCUGAAGUUUUCAUUAACUGUGGUGGUGGCAUCCGUUAGUCUCGUGAGACCAUGGAUCUGCACCUGGAAUGGUUUCCAGGGCACAGGCCUGGGCAAGGUUGUAUGGAAGACCGGCAGUUGCCUCUGCUGCAAGUCUCUCCUCUCCACGACACCGACGUUGUCCAAGGGAAGGGCAAGGGCCGAUACAGCUUGGCACCAGUGUCGUCGCAGGAGUUGCCAGAACAAGAUUGAAGGCAAUGUCGGACUGCCUUAGGGCCUCCAGCUCCAGAUUUGUCCUCAGGAUUUACUCCCAAAGCCUUUCCCAUGAGUGGGUAUGGCCGCAAGGCAGCGGAGGUUUGAAAUCAGAGUUUUCCCUCUCUUAGAUGGACUAACGAGCUUCAUCUACCCGAAGCACUGGUUUUAAGGCGCCAGGACCACCUUCGCCCCUUCUCCUGUUAGUAGAAACAGUUCCAUCGGGCUUAAAGGCUAAGCCAGACGAGAAGGCCAGGAGUUGUACUUGGUUGUCAGAGGCUAUUUGAGGCGCAUGCCGUGAGGAGCACUUUUAGGUAGUGGGAGCUUGUCCCCACUACCACUCCUUGGCUUGACAACCUUGGAACCAUUCACUAACUACCAUUUAACCAUUGUCGACUCCUGCUGCAUUGUUUCAAUGGGACAGAAUCAGAAUGUCUCAUACCCCGUGAUUGGUUUCAAUAACCUUAAGGUAUAAGUUGAAGUUAAAUUGUGAACAGAUUUUAUUUCCUGAAGAUGGGUUCAGCAGACCCGUGUGUCCUCAUUUUAAUUAGUAUCUGAUAUCCAUAAUUUUAUAACUCUGGAAAAAUUCUUGGCAUUCCUUCAUGAUGGCCUCAAGUUAGAAAAGUUAGAAAACGUUAAGGAGAUCUGAUUAUGUAAAUCAGCAGAAGUGCUCCAGAGAUGAGGACUAGGGAGAUGGUAUCUGCUGUAAAGUUGUUUCGGCAGCAGGCAAAUUUCAGUGGGUUGAGGUUAUCUGGAAAGUUGGAGUUGUUGCAUGACAUGACCAGCUACUUGAGGCAAUUCAUGAUGGUAGAUGCCAGAGCCACUGGGCAGUAGUCAUUGAGGUACAUUAUCUUGUUUUUCUUGUUUACUGGGAUUAUAGUGGCCGCCUUAAAGCAGGAGUGAACCGUGGCCUUGAAGCGGAGUGAGAUUAGAGAUGUCUACUAAUGCCCUUGCCAACUGAUCUAAGGACACAGCCAGAGAUACUAUCCUCACCAAAACCCAAUAAAAGAGGAAAAUAAUAUUUACCAACUUUUGUUUCUGGCUCCCCGAACAAACAAAUAAUGACCUCUUUUAGACUUCCUAUCUGGUUAGUUUUGUCAAUCUUAGCAGUUCUUGGUCACCUGUCUCACUUCUUUACUGAAUGAUCUUAAUAAAUUACACAUCUUUGGAAUCCUGCAGUUUGUUAACCAUGUUCACAAUUAACGUUUCUGUGGUUAGCUUCAAAGAAAAUCACAAACUGUGCCAGAUUAAGAUCUAGGGUAUAUUUUGCUGUUGCUGUUGCAGUUUCCCUAGGCUUAAGUUCAUAUUUUAAUCAGAUUUGAGGUGUGGGGACUGUACACUAUCCAGCUGGUAUAUGAGGUGAGGUUCUGUACCCUAUCCAGGUGGUAUAUGAAUGUGGGACUGUACACUGUCGGUGUGGUAUAUGAAGUGUGGGACUAUACACUAUCCGGGUGGUAUAUGAGGUGUGGCACUGUACACUGUCCAGGUGGUAUAUGAGGUGUGGCACUGUACACUGUCCAGGUGGUAUAUGAGGUGUAGCACUGUACACUGUCCAGGUGGUAUAUGAGGUGUGGCACUGUACACUGUCCAGGUGGUAUAUGAGGUGAGGGACAGUACACUGUCGGGGUGGUAUAUGAGGUGUGGGACUGUACACUAUCCAGGUGGUAAAUGAGGUGUGGGACUGUACACUAUCCAGGUGGUAAAUGAGGUGUGGCACUGUACACUAUCCAGGUGGUAUAUGAGGUGUGGCACUGUACACUAUCCAGGUGGUAUGAGGUGUGGCACUGUACACUAUGCAGGUGGUAUAUGAGGUGUGGCACUGUACACUAUCCAGGUGGUAUAUGAGGUGUGGCACUGUACACUAUCCAGGUGGUAUAUGAGGUGUGGCACUGUACACUAUCCAGGUGGUAUGAGGUGUGGCACUGUACACUAUGCAGGUGGUAUAUGAGGUGUGGCACUGUACACUAUCCAGGUGGUAUAUGAGGUGUGGCACUGUACACUGUCCGGGUGGUAUAUGAGGUGUGGCACUGUACACUAUCCGGGUGGUAUAUGAGGUGAGGGACAGUACACUAUCCAGGUGGGAUAUGAGGUGACGGACUGUACACUAUCGGGGUGGUAUAUGAAGUGUGUUACUGUACACUAUCCUGGUGGUAUAUGAAGUGUGUUACUGUACACUAUCCAGGUGGUAUAUGAGGUUACUUGAAUUUCUUGAUUCUAGCAUUAACUUUAUUUGCAAAUCUUGAAAAGGUUGUCUGUCACCACUAACACACAUCAAAGUUGCUGGUGAA